GAGAAUGAGCUGAGGGAGAAGCUUCGCCUCGAACAGCUGUCUGACCACCCCCACAGGCGCAAUGAUGUCACUUCCUACUCCUCCCCCAUCCAGAUGAACCAUGUGACCCGAGCAGAAGAGCCCUGCCCCCACUCGGAGCGCCGCCCCGCCCCUGUCCCACCCCCACUGCCACCCCCCUCCAUGCCCAUCACCGUCAUCCCUAUCCCCAGGAUGACCUCCAACCACACAGGUCUGUCCCCCACCAUCUCAACCCCUUCCUCCACCACCCUGUCCCCCCAGGCUGGGGCAGCAUCCCACCUGGCCUCCCCCAGGAGGGUCCCUCACUCCCCAAGUCAGGACCUCCAGGGACAGGGUGCACUUUUAGCUGUCUCUCCUCAGGUGAAGACAGACCACCCCCACCACUUGCCUUUGACCCAGUCUGGCAACCACAAGCAGAAUCACCACCACCACCAUCAUCACCUUCCGCAGAUGGUUUCCCCCCAAUCUGGUAACCAUAAACUGCAGCAGAAGCAGUCGCCCCAGCUGGUGCAGCCCUACCCUGGCUCCAUCGUCUCAGCCCCCCAGCUGCAUGCCUUACUCCCCCAGCCAGGGCCCCCCCAGACACCCCGUGGGGCCCAGACCAGCCCUGUUGGGGGCCGAGGCAGCCCCCCUGACCUGGACGGGAAGAAGAGGCCUGGAGGGUAUGUGGCCAUUUUUGUUAUUUCUAGGAGAGAUGGUUUGCACUUUGGUUGGAUUUUUUCCUCCAUUUGCAUUUUAGUUUUCCUUUUAUUUUUAUUUGGCUAUUUUGUAGUGAAGAGUCUGUGUGUAGAUGUACCUGAUUGUCAGUCACAUGAUGAGCGGUAAGGCACAAACGGUAUCAGAAAAAUCACAAACCAUGAAAAGUCACUGCAUGAAGGAUUCUUGGACUAUGUACUCUAUAAUGAGUAUGUCCUGAUUGGACAAUUGAGUAGUAAUCAGAUCCAAUUAGCUGCCUGUGCAUAUUAUACAGUAUAUUGUUGAAGUGAAGUAACAGAGAUGAUGGAGUACUUUAUAUUUGUUGGUUGAUUUGAUUCUUGUUCUAUGAGUCUCGUCGUCUUGCCCAUUCUGGACACCCAAUCUUAUAAUGUGCUCCGAUCUGUGCUUUUACAGGGCAGGGACAAGAGAAGUACAUAACAAGCUUGAGAAAAACAGGUGGGUGCAUCUCUCUCCCAUGGUCGCCUUUUAUUAAACAAAGAGGGUUGAGGUCUUUGCACAGAGCAGUUUAAGGUUAUGGUGAGGUUAGGUGUACACUAUUGUUGGCCACAUCUUUUUUCAACCGAGUUGCUUGCAUACUUCUCUGUCCUGUUCUAAAAACAAAUUAUAUUCCCAUUUAUUCACUUAUGGCUAAUCUAUAGAUAUUGCAUUUGUCAGACGAUAAUUGAUAAUAUCUUGGACUUGUUAAUGGCUUUGAAUGUUCUGUUUAUUCUGAUAGUACUUCCAUGUACUGUAGUAGUAGGGUUAUAAUGGCCAAAACAGGACCAAGCAGAGGAGUGGUUGCCUUACCCCUGCCUGCAUCCUUUGUCACAGACGUUUUACCACAAAAACAGAAACCUGUUCAAUAUGUCUCAUGUUAGUAGUCAUUCUUUAUUAGUCCCAAAUGGUUUGUGGCAUAAUUUUUUUUAAGAAGCUGAAUGUGUGAAGUCAUGCCUCGUCCUGCCUCUUCCUCUCACUAAAAGGCUCUUCUCGUUCUACCUCUCUUCCAUCCCUCCAUCCCUCAGACGUGCUCACCUGAAGGAGUGCUUUGACACCCUGAAGAAAAACAUCCCCAAUGCAGACGAGAAGAAGACCUCUAACCUCAGUGUCCUGAGGAGCGCCCUCAGAUAUAUACAGGUAAGCAAGCUAGAAGAACUGCAUGGUUGA